GUCUUUCCCAUAAUGAGCUGCAUCAUCUGAACUGAUGUCACAGCAUCAUGCAGCAGGUCACACAAGGCACCUCCUAGUAUUGCAUCUUACAGAUGUGCUGUAAACAUCAAAAGAGGAUGAUUUGAACGGGACAUGCUCUUUUGGAAAGAAUUAUGGUUUAGGCUUUCCCAUGCUAGCCAUGGAUGUAGCACUUUCUCCCAUGAGAACACAGGAACUGGAUCCCAUGCCGUCUGAUGCAUCUCCCAUGCUUAUAAACAUGACUCCUACAGUGGAACGAGAUGGGGAAGAGGAUGUCAUGAAGGAGCUUGAUUCUGGCCAGCAGUACGAAAAGCCACCUCCUCUACACACUGGGGCUGAUUGGAAGAUUGUUCUCCACUUGCCAGAAAUUGAGACCUGGCUUCGGAUGACAUCUGAAAGAGUCAGGGAUCUGACCUACUCUGUCCAGCAGGACUCGGACAGCAAGCAUGUGGAUGUGCACCUAGUACAGCUGAAGGAUAUUUGUGAAGAUAUAUCUGAUCACGUUGAACAAAUUCAUGCUCUACUAGAGACUGAGUUUUCCCUGAAGCUUCUGUCUUACUCUGUCAAUGUGAUAGUCGAUAUCCAUACAGUACAACUACUCUGGCACCAGCUACGUGUUUCUGUUCUGGUUCUGAGAGAGCGUAUUCUCCAAGGACUACAAGACGCCAAUGGAAACUACACCAGGCAGACUGAUAUUCUGCAAGCAUUUUCUGAAGAGACUAAGGAGGACCGUCUUGACUCUUUAACUGAAGUUGAUGAUUGUGGACAGCUGACCAUCAAAUGUUCUCAGAAUUACUUGUCACUGGAUUGUGGUAUUACUGCAUUUGAACUGUCUGACUACAGUCCUAGUGAAGAUUUGCUUGGUGCUCUGGAUGAUAUGACCUCUAGCCAAGGGAAAGCAAAACCAUUUGAAUCCUGGAACUACAGUGAGAUGGAUAAGGAUUUUCCAGGACUUAUCAGAAGUGUGGGUUUACUUGCAGUAGCAACUGAUUCCAUUGCUUCCCAGUGUAACGAAGCAUUAAAUGAGAAAGAAACCCACUUACCUCUUUCAGCAGAAGAUGGAGAAGAAAGCAAAGACAGGAAAGCAACACAUGAGCUGUCGCUAGUAUCUCCUCCUGCAAACUCCUCUCUUUCUAAAGGACCUUGCUCUGAAGAUGGUGUUUUACCUACUGACAGCAAACCAGUUUCCACAUUAAAGAAGCCAGAAUGCAAUCUUCCACAGCACAUCGGUGAAAAAAUCAAACACUCUCACUGUGAAAACUCAACUCCUAAGAGGUCCAUAAGAGACUGCUUUAACUAUAAUGAAGACUCCCCUACACAGCCUACAUUGCCAAAAAGAGGUCUGUUUCUGAAAGAUGAUGUGUUUAAAGAUUAUAUGGAAGCCAAUGAUUUAAAAAGGCAAAUCUCUCAGUUAGUUAAAACUGAAAUGAGUAGAAGUACACCCUCAUUGUUAGAUCCACCAGACAGGUCCAAGCUUUGCCUAGCUUUACAGUCACCCUACACUAACAGUCUAUCUGCAGUUAGUCAGUCAUAUGAUUGCUUAAAUACAAUAGGUGAUAGAAAUCUUGAGUACACAAUAAAUAAUCACUUUAAGGACAGUUCCAUAAGUCUAGGGAAAUCUACUUUCUACAACUCUAAAGAAAAAUCAAAGCACAAGAAGUCUCGUGACCCUCCAGAGAAAGUGAAAGCUGGCAGAACAGCUGGAGGUACGUGUAAAACAGCUGCGCCAAUACCGGUCAAAAAAAGAGGACGUUCUCUACAAAAUGGAAUUACUUCUCAUAAGUCUCAGUCUCUGGAGGAGACGGAAACAGAUUCUUCUGCGUCAUCAGAUUCUCACAACCAGAGAGACCCAAAUGGGCAAUCACAAGGUAAAACUGAGCCUUUUAGUUCACCAACGCGUAGCCAAAAGAGUGCUUCCUCAGCUGGUUCUGACCUUACCAACUCAUGCCCUCUUCUACUCGGAAGAAAGAAUAAUAAAAGCUUCUCCCCAACACCAAGCUAUACUCAAAAAACCAGUAAAGAUGGUGAGGUCUGGUACGGAUCUGAUGAAUAUUUAGCACUUCCUUCACAUCUCAGACAGACUGAAGUAUUAGCUUUAAAACUAGAAAAUUUGACGAAGUUGCUGCCCCAAAAGCCCAGAAGAGAAACCAUUCAAAACAUUGAUGACUGGGAGCUGUCAGAAAUGAACUCAGAUUCAGAAAUGUAUCCAACAUACCAGACAAAAAAGCACAAAAAAAUGGGUAGAAUUUCACCAAGCUCUUCAAGUGAUAUAGUAUCCUCCUUAGGUGACAGUAUUGAAUCUGGGCCUCUUAGUGAUAUUCUCUCUGAUGAAGAUCUUUGUAUGCCUGUAUCGUGCAUUAAAAAAUACAUUGAAGAAAAGUCAGAAAGGACUACUGUCACUCAGCCCACUGAGACUUCUGCCUCAAAUAAAUCAGCUUUAAUUCAUCAACUGAUGCAAGAUAUACAACAUCAAGAAAAUUAUGAAACCAUAUGGGAAAAAAUUGAGGGGUUUGUAAGCAAGCUGGAUGAAUUCAUUCACUGGUUAAAUGAAGCCAUGGAAACAACAGAGAAUUGGACUCCUCCUAAAGCAGAGACAGACAGCCUUAAACUGUACCUGGAGACACACUUGAGUUUUAAGUUGAAUGUAGAUAGCCACUGUGCUUUAAAAGAAGCAGUGGUAGAAGAAGGACGUCAACUUCUUGAGCUUAUUGUAUCUCACAAAUCAGAAGGACUGAAGGACAUGCUGCAGAUGAUUGCAAGUCAAUGGAAGGAACUACAGAGGCAAAUCAAACGACAACACAGCUGGAUUCUUAGGGCUCUGGAUAUCAUCAAAGCAGAGAUACUGGCUACUGAUGUGUCUGCAGAGAAUGAGGAAGGGACUGGGAGCCCUAAGGCUGAGGUUCAGCUAUGCUAUCUGGAAGCACAAAGAGAUGCUGUUGAACAGAUGUCCUUAAAGCUGUACAGUGAGCAGUACAACAGUAGUAGCAAGCGAAAGGAAGAGUUUGCUGAUAUGUCAAAAGUUCACACAGUGGGAAGUAAUGGCCUUUUGGACUUUGAUUCAGAAUACCAGGAGCUCUGGGAUUGGCUGAUUGACAUGGAAUCCAUCGUGAUGGACAGCCAUGACCUGAUGAUGUCAGAGGAGCAGCAGCAGCAUCUUUACAAGAGAUACAAUGUAGAAAUGUCAAUCAGGCACCCGAAAAAGAUGGAGCUGCUUAGUAAGGUUGAAGCUCUGAAGAAAAGUGGUGUUUUACUACCAAACGACCUCCUUGAAAAAGUGGAUUCAAUUAAUGAAAAAUGGGAACUGCUUGGGAAAACCCUAGGAGAGAAGAUCCAAGACACAAUGGUAGGGCACAGUGGGUUAGGUCCACGUGACCUGCUCUCGCCUGAAAGCGGCAGCCUGGUAAGGCAGCUGGAGGUCAGGAUCAAAGAGCUGAAAGGGUGGCUGAGAGAUACAGAGCUUUUCAUCUUCAAUUCCUGUCUGAGACAAGAAAAUGAAGGAACAAUGAAUGCUGAGAAACAACUGCAAUAUUUUAAGUCUCUAUGCUGUGAGAUCAAACAGAGACGUCGUGGGGUAGCCUCUGUGCUGCGAUUAUGCCAGCACCUCCUGGAUGACCAGGAGACCUGCAACCUAAAUGCAGAUCACCAGUCCAUGCAGUUGAUAAUCGUAAACCUUGAGAGGAGGUGGGAAGCCAUUGUCAUGCAAGCUGUCCAGUGGCAAACAAGGCUACAGAAGAGAUUGGAAAAAGACUCGGAAAUGUCAAGGCUGGUCAGUGGUGCUGUGUUACCCAGUGAGAAACUGGAAAUCUUUCCUUCUGGGGAUAUACAAAGCUUCUGUGUUCAUCCAUGCAGCCGGAAUGUACUUCUGUUUCUCAGCUAUCUACUGGCGACUCUGUGUUUCAGACUGGUGCUGCUUUGGAGUUGGGAGCCUCUGAAUGUUAUUGAUCCCAGUUUGAUGGAUCUAAAUGGUCCAAGUGAAGAUGCGCUAGAAUGGGAUGAAACUGACAUCAGUAAUAAGCUGAUCAGUAUUCAUGAAGACUUAAGUGAUCCUGAUCAGGAACUCAAGAAGGAGGAUCUAAGCCAGAAACCUGCUUCAGGAGAAUGCGGUGAUAAUGAUGUGAACGAAGAUGAAAGUAUCAGUGAUCGUGGAAGUCCUCUUUAUUGCCCCAGCAUUACUUCCCCUUCAAAUCCUCACAUCUAUCAGGUGUAUAGUCUUCAUAAUAUUGAAUUAUCAGAAAAAAACCACAUGCCUAAUUUGAAAAAAACGUCCAAACUCUCCAGUGUAACACAGUCUAACAUUUUAAACAAAAGUCUUAGUAAAGACUCGUCAUUUUCAUCUACCAAAUCUCUGCCAGACCUAAUAGGGGGGACUACAUUGGCAAAACCGUAUAACUAUAUGUAUCAGAGUGGAAACAUAAGCAGGCAUUCUGAGAGUGAGAGUGGGAUAGUGAGUGAAUGUGACACAGAAACUACAAAUAAUUCAGAAAUUUUUUUGCUAAAUGAUAUUGAAAGCACCCAGAGUAAUCCUGAAAUUGGGCAUACAGAAACUCAAGUGGAUGAUAUAGUUGAUGUAAUAAAACAAAAAAUAAAGCAAGAUGAAGAAGACCAUGCUAGCCUCUCAGAUAAUUUCCAGUUGGCACCUUCUGCAUGUUGUGGAAGUGAGAAUGAUGAGGAUUUGGACAGCAUUACCAUGCGUAACCCUGUUUGUCUAGAAGAACUGCAAGGAAAACAUGACGUGUUUACAUUUUAUGAUUACUCAUAUCUUCAAGGCUCCAAAUUCAAAUUACCAGUGAUAAUGAAACAAUCGCAAAUUGAAAAAACACAUGCAGAGGGCAGUUUGUUUCAUGGCUUUUGUUUUGAUAAAAUACCUGCUAAAUCUGAACAUAAGCCUGGAGAGUCACAACCAGAUGGGUUUAUUCAUGACCAUACUCUGGCAAAUAUCCCUGGAGAAUCAGAUCCCAAUUCCUGUAAAUCUGCAGAAACUGUAAGAAAAUUAACUGUUACAGAGAAUACAAGACAGGUUUCAACUUUAUCUCGUAGUUCUUCAUUAGAAUCUCUGUCUGUAGUAGGUGAUUUGUUCAGCUCAGGUAUUUUUAAAAGUGGGGAUGGUCUUCAGCGAAGCACCUCUUUGGAGAGCUGGCUGACUUCCUACAAAAGCAACGAAGAUCUUUUCAGUCAUCAUGGCUCAGGAGACAUUAGUGCAAGCAGUGAUUCUGUUGGAGAGCUCAGCAAAAGGACAUUAGAUCUUCUGAAUCGCUUAGAGAAUAUCCAGAGUCCUUUAGAUCAAAAGAUAAAGCGCAGCAUCUCUGAUAUAACACUGCAAAGUAGCUCUCAAAAAAUGUCUUUUACUGGACAGCUGUCUCUAGAUAUUGCAUCCUCGGUCAACGAAGACUCAGCAGCUUCUCUCACUGAACUCAGCAGCAGUGAGGAUCUUUCUCUCUGCUCUGAAGACAUUGUACUGCACAGAAAUAAAAUACCAGAUUCAAAUGCAUCAUUUAGAAAACAUCUUAAUAGAUCUGUAGCUGAUGAGAGCGACGUCAAUGUCAGCAUGAUUGUUAAUGUCUCCUGCACUUCUGCUUGUACUGAUGAUGAAGAUGACAGUGAUUUGCUUUCAAGUUCCACCCUUACCUUAACUGAGGAAGAGCUAGGUAUCAAAGAUGAAGAUGAUGACUCCAGUAUAGCAACUGAUGAGGAUAUUUAUGAGGAAUGCAAUUUAAUUUCAGGACUUGAUUAUAUAAAAAAUGAGCUCCAAACUUGGAUUAGACCAAAAUUUUCUUUGACAAGGGAGAAGAGAAAAAGUAACCUCAGUGAUGAAAUUCAGCGCAGUAAAGAAGUUAGUAAUGAGACAUCAAAAGCCACAGACACAUUGAGCAUUGAAACACUAUUGAAUGGUUCAGUACAGAAAAUAUCAGAAAAUAAUGGCAAUAGUAAGAAUGUACCACGUGAUCGUGAAAAAGGGACAAAGAGUCACCUGAUGAAAGAUAUUUCUCAGGCUGUGAAGGAUCAACUUGUGGAUGAUAUGGAGAAUGGCAAUGUUGAAAAUACUCUUGGCAGUCAAAAGGAAGGUCUUGGUAGAACAUCAGCAACUCCGAAAACUCAUGCAUCGCUUGAUGUUAGAGAAGCUGAAAAUGAAUGUUGUGUCUGUGAAGCAUUUACAGACAGUUCAGAUGAUUCACGUAUGGAUGGCAAGGAGACUGUUCUGUCAUCAGAUGGAUCCAGAAACCCUCCAAAAGAAUGUCAAAGUCAUCUUCAGCCUGAUCGUCACUCUGUUGCUUCCUCUCCUGCUAAAAAGCCUUGUCUUGAAUCUUCCUCAGAAAUUAAUUGUGCAGACACACAAGAUACAGCUUUACAAACAACCUUACCUAAUGGUCAUCAGCAUAGAAUAAGCAUUGCUGAAAAAUCUACUGAUUGCUGUACAGCCAUGAAAUCCAAUGAAGCAGAAUGCAACUCUUCAGCCAAUGGUUCUGAUUUGUGCUGUAACUGUGAAUCUGCUGCUUUUGAUAAAAAAACCAUGGAAGAUGGCUCAGUACACAAUUUUGUGAAGGAGAUAAUAGACAUGGCAUCAACAGCUUUGAAAAGUAAGUCACAACCUGAAUGUGAGUCAUCUGCUCCAGCUUCAUUAGCACAGAUCAAGGAAAAAGUGUUAGAGCACUCUCACAGACCCAUUCAGCUAAGAAAAGGGGACUUCUAUUCUUAUCUUUCACUUUCUUCUCAUGAUAGUGACUGUGGAGAGGUAAUCAAAUACAUAGAGGAAAAGAGCAGCACUCCUGUGCCACUGGACUUCACAGAUGAGAGAGAAAAUAUUGAAUGCUUUUUUGAAGCCUGUCCUGAGGAAGAACGGGUUGAGCAGCAGCAAUCCAUUUCUAACAAUGUUUCUGAAACAUCUCCAGAGUCACUAGGCGAAGUGACUCUAGAAACAUUAGAAAAAGUUAAAACUUCAUCUGAAGGUAGGGAUUUAUCUUUCUUAUGUGAUGAUGACAAUGAUAUAAAAGUCCCCAAUCCUAACAAACAAAGUGCAUCAAAUUUGAAAAAUGCUGCUGAUGAUUUGCUGAUUUCAGAUGGGAAAACUGGAGGUUUGGAAAAGAAUUAUCCAGAGCUUAGCACUAAAAAGAGUAGUACAGGAAAAUCACCUGGAACUGAAGAGCCCAAAGGAUGUGUUGCUUCUUCUGAAGAGGCUUCAGCUAUAGAGUUUCAGUUAAAGCCUGGCCACCCACAGAUAAAGGAUGCUUUGCAUCAGAACAGUAAAACUCUUACUUGUGAAGAAAACCUCCUGAAUCUUCAUAAGGAAAGACAUAUAAAUAUGCACAGAUAGAAUGUAACCUUCUUCAGACACGUACAUUAUCCUAAAAACAGAAACUUGGCUGCAAUUCAGGUGCAGGUUCAUCCUGUAAACCCUGGGAUGACCUCCAAUUCCAUUGUAUCACUGCCUUUCAUUACACUGACUCCCAAGAUAAAUUUUCUUUCCAAAUGUGAUUUGUCCAUGUUGGCUUUGUGAUCUGGCUGCAUAUGCUAGUCCUAUUCCAGUGAUCAUUUUGUAUUGUAGCAAGGCCGUUUGCUUUCUUAGGGAUUCCUCUCCCAAGCUACCUCUAAUGACGUCCCCUUCCCAAAUUGGAUGCUCCUGUACUACUUAUCACUGAUUCUGUUCCUUAAAGUUUUGAAGUUCCACAGAAUUCAUGAUCAGUUUGGUUCAUCUUUUCAGAACUGUACCUGUCUCUACUCUUCUAUUUUAUGUAUCAAAUUUAAUAUUUAUGUGUAUAAUGCAUAAGUUUAUUGAAACUAUUUUACUUUUAAAGUGACAGUUUUGUUGGAUUGCAGCAAAAAGAAGUCAUUAGCCCUCCUGAUUCAAUACAUCUAAAAAUUAAGCAAUUAAAAUAAAUGGCAUUUUAUUUAUUUAAUUUUAAAAUUUAAUCUAUGCAACACUUCAAGAAACAACUACAUGGUGUUGUAUAUUAGGAACUGUUGACAUUCUACUGAAUUAAGUACAACAUUUUGGUUUUUUAUGCUUCUUGAGGUGGUAAUGAGAAAAAAAGUUUUUAAAAAAUGUGUGCCUUGCUGUAUUUCUUAUACCAUUUAUUAAAAAGCUGCUUUCACAGUAAAAUUAUGUUGGUUUGAAAGAAGGAAAUAGCAAGGUUAAGAUGUGUGAAUAAUUUCUGUAUAUAUGUAUAACCAAGUGCAAACAUUGAUGUAUAAUGACAGUAUAAAAUGCUUUCAUGUUUGUGAUGUCCGGUGAUGUGGAAAAUAUAAGCCUUAAAACCAUUAGAUUGCAUGGUAAUUAGAAUUGGCAUAAUAAACAUAGUUUA